AUCUAUCAAAGACGCACAACUUCCCCAGGCCUUGGAAAUGAUGUGGAACAUGUUAGAAGACUUUACGAACUAUACAAGAAAAAUUAAAAUACCACCAAUUAUUUACUUACUGAAAACAGACAUGAAAUUAAAUUUUCAAAUGGGUGAUACUGAUAGAAUGAAUACAUUGUUGAAAGGAGAAAACAUAAGAUCAUAUCUAGAGUGCUUGAAUUCG